CAGUGACACACACACACACACACACCCCUCCAGUGUGGAGAGAGAGGUCCUGCACGUCUCUGUGGAUUAUACACUCUUCAUUCUUUUUGUAUUUGUGAUUUUUUUCGCUUUUCUUUUUUCCACGUGUGUUUUGGUGGAACCACACAGAGAGAGAGAGGAGAACUUCACACACACACACACACACACACACACUGUGGGGAGUAAAUCUCAGCUCUCCGCGCUCGGUGUUGUGUGUGUUUAAUGGUGAUUCGGUGGAGUUGAAUGUUUAUAGAGUUUAAAGUGAAUAUUUACUGACUCUUGUGGUAAUAAACAGUGAGGCGCGCGCGCGGCUCGACUAGCCUGCUAGCAUUAGCCAAGGCAAUAAGUGAAUAAACGUCUCGCGCGCUCCGGCACACCGCGGACAGCGCGCUAACCUGCGCGUGAGAGCCGAGUUACUUCAGUAAAGCAGUCAGAGACCGAACCGCCAACCGGAAGUAGAACUUUAUUAACACAUUCACCUCAGGAGCGGAGUUAGCUUAGCGCUAGUGUGAGAACUAGCCUGAGGGGGUGUAUACUCCCGUGUGUGUGUGUGUGUGUGAUACAGAAUAAAGCCUGUACAAGAUGAAGAUCCUGGAGAGAUUAUUAAUAUUAAUAAUAAUUAUAAUAAUGAGCAGAAACGCCGCUCCUGACGGUGAUGUGUUCCGUGACGGAGUGAAGCUAAGCUAACUCAAUCUCAGCAUGCUAAUCAGUCCUGCUAGCUGACCCGCACACAGGCUAACAGGCUAACAGGCUAACUUCUCCUCAGCGGGGACACUCUCGUUUUUAUCAGUUCGGAUUUUUGUGUAAAACCUUUUUUUUUUUUUUGGUAAAAAAACCUUUUUGGGGUUGAAAAUGAAUCUCCUGAGUGUGUGUGUGUUCCUCCUGUGUGUGACGAGCUGGAGCCGUGCAGAGAUCUGCCAGAGUAAGGACAUCAGGAACAACGUGGCUAACCUGCGUGCUCUGGAGAACUGCACGGUGAUCGAGGGCCACCUGAAGAUACUGCUGAUGUUCCACACGACGGCCGAGGACUUCCGGGGUGUGAGCUUCCCCAGGCUGACGGUGGUGACGGACUACCUGCUGCUGUUCCGAGUGUACGGCCUGGAGAGCCUGAGCGCGCUGUUCCCCAACCUCACCGUCAUCCGCGGGAACAAUCUGUUCUUCAACUACGCCCUGGUGGUCUUCGAGAUGCUGCAGCUGAAGGAGAUCGGACUGCACAGUCUGAUGAACGUCACGCGCGGCGCCGUGCGGCUGGAGAAGAACCCGGACCUGUGCUACCUGUCCACUCUCGACUGGUCCCAGAUCCUCGACUCCGUGGAGGACAACUACAUUGUGGCCAAUAAGAACGAGGGGGAGUGUGGGGACGUGUGUCCCGGCAUGGCCAAGGGCAAGAACACCUGUCCCCAGACCACCAUCAACGGGGAGUUCGGGGCGCGCUGCUGGACACAACAGCACUGUCAGCGAAUGUGUCCGUCGGUGUGUAAGGCGAGGGCGUGUACGGCGGACGGUAAGUGCUGUCACCCCGAGUGUUUGGGAGGGUGUAAGAAGUCGGACUCGGAGGCGGAGUGUGUGGCGUGUCGUCACUUCCUGCACGGGGGCGUGUGUGUGGAGACCUGCCCCGCCGGCUUCCUCUCCUUUAAGGGGUGGCGGUGUGUGAGCCCCGCCUACUGCCACACCCUUCACACGCAGUGCACUCGCAACACACUGGACCAAGGCUGCACCUCCUACGUCAUCCACCAGGGGGCGUGUGUUCCUGAGUGUCCCUCUGGGUACACUACUGUCAACUCCACAACGUUGAUGUGUACACCGUGUGCAGGAACAUGUCCUAAAGUGUGUGUGGGAGAGAAGACAGUGGACUCUGUGACGGCGGCUCAGGAGCUGCGGGGGUGCACUCUGCUUAAUGGCAGCCUCAUCAUCAACAUCCGGGGAGGAAAUAACAUUGCAGCAGAACUAGAAGCUAACCUGGGUCAGCUGGAGGAGAUCACGGGAUACCUGAUGGUGCGCCGCUCCUACGCUCUGGUCUCUCUGUCGUUCCUCAAGAAGCUCAGGCUGAUCCGCGGAGAGACGCAGGAGCGGGGGAAUUUCUCGUUCUUCGCUCUGGACAAUCAGAACCUGUGCCAGCUCUGGGAUUGGUCCAAACACCACCUGGUGAUCCUGCAGGGCCGCAUGUUCUUCCACCACAACUCUAAACUGUGUCUGAGUGAGAUCCGCAGGAUGGAGGAGGUGACGGGGACGAAGGACAGACAGCCACGCAACGACAUCGGCCUGAAGACCAACGGGGAGCAGGCCUCCUGUGAGUCCAAGCUGCUGCAGUUCACGACGAUCCGGACUCUGGCCGAUAAGAUCAUGAUAAAGUGGGAGGCGUUCUGGCCGCCGGACUUCAGGGACCUGCUGGGCUUCAUGGUGCUCUAUAAAGAGGCGCCGUACAGGAACGUGACAGAAUUUGACGGACAGGAUGCGUGCGGUUCUAACAGCUGGGUGAUUGCAGAUGUGGACCCUCCUCAGCGCGACAGCAGACAGCAGACGGAGCCCGGGUUCCUCAUCCUGGGUUUAAAGCCCUGGACUCAGUACGCCAUCAUGGUCAAAGCCCAGAUCUCCACCUCUGAUGAUCACCCGGCCCACGGCGCCAAGAGCCGGAUCAUCUACGUCCGCACCAACGCCACCAAGCCGUCGGUGCCGCUGGACCCCAUCUCGUCCUCCAACUCGUCCUCUGAGAUCAUCCUGAAGUGGAAAACUCCGAACGACCCCAACGGCAACAUCACCCACUACAUCGUGUCCUGUCUGCAGCAGCCUGAGGCCAGCGAGCUCUACAAGUUCGACUACUGCCAGAAAGGUAUGAAGCUGCCGUCUCGAACCUCCACACAGGUGGACAGUAAAGAGGGACAGAAGUGGAAUCAGACCCAGGAGACGGGACAGAAUGAGCCCUGCUGCUCAUGUCCUAAAACUGAGAAGGAGCUGAAGAAGGAGGCGGAGGAGAGCGAGUACCGCAAGACCUUCGAGAACUACCUGCACAACGAGGUGUUCCGUAUCAGGCCACGUCAGCGCAGAGCCGCUGUGGGCGUGGCCAACAGCACUGUCUCCACCUCUCUGACCGCGCCCACUGCCCAGCCCAGCCUGAGUGUGGCGGAGGAGGCGGAGUCUAGUAAGAUGGUUGUGUCUGUGUGGGGUAAGGAGUCCACGGUCAUCUCCAGCCUCAAACACUUCACCAGCUACCAGAUCGAGAUCCACGCCUGCAACAACCAGCCGGACGACCCCGAGCGCUGCAGCAUGGCCGCCUACGUCAGCGCCCGCACCAUGCCCGAGGAUCACGCUGAUGACAUUACUGGAAAGAUUAAUUUUGAUGUUGUCGACUAUUCGGUGCACAUCAGGUGGGCGGAGCCAAAUGCCCCGAAUGGCAUGAUUAUCCUUUACGAGGUGAACUACAAGAGACUGGGUGAUACAGAGGAGCUGAAUCACUGCGUGUCCAGGAAGCAUUACGUCACUGAGGGAGGCUGCAGGCUGAGAGUGGUGCAUCCUGGGAAUUACACCGUGAGAAUCCGAGCCACGUCACUGGCAGGGAACGGGUCCUGGACCGAACCCGCGCACUUCUACGUCAAAGAUCUUCGUGUGGACCCGACCAACAUGUUGAAGAUGAUCCUGGUCCCAGUGGUGUGUGUGGUGCUGCUGGUGCUGCUGGCGACGGGUGGAUUCAUCAUGUUCAGGAGGAAGCAAGCAGAAGGACCAACUGGACGCCUGUACACCUCACCAAACCCUGAAUAUCUCAGUCCAGAUGAAAUGUACGAGCCGGACGAGUGGGAGGUGGCGCGGGAGAAGAUCACCCUGCUGCGUGAGCUGGGCCAGGGCUCGUUCGGGAUGGUGUAUGAGGGCGUGGCCCGUGUCGUGGUGAAGGGCGAGGCUCAGACUCGAGUCGCGGUGAAGACGGUUAACGAGGCGGCGAGUCUGCGCGAGAGGAUCGAGUUCCUCAACGAGGCGUCCGUCAUGAAGGCGUUCAGCUGUCACCAUGUGGUGAGACUGCUGGGCGUGGUCUCUAAAGGCCAGCCCACUCUGGUGGUGAUGGAGCUGAUGACACACGGAGACCUGAAGAGCUACCUGCGCCGUCUCCGCCCCGACUCUGAGAACAACCCGGGCCGCCCCCCCCCCACCCUGAGGGAGAUGGUGCAGAUGGCGGCGGAGAUCGCAGACGGGAUGGCGUACCUCAACGCUAAGAAGUUUGUACACAGAGACCUGGCGGCCCGAAACUGCAUGGUGUCCGAGGACUACACCGUCAAGAUCGGAGACUUCGGGAUGACGAGAGAUAUCUACGAGACUGAUUAUUACCGUAAGGGGGGUAAAGGGCUGCUCCCAGUCAGGUGGAUGGCACCUGAGUCCCUGAAGGACGGAGUGUUUACUGCACACUCGGACUGCUGGUCGUUCGGUGUGGUCCUGUGGGAGAUUAGCACGCUAGCCGAGCAGCCGUAUCAGGGUCUGUCUAACGAGCAGGUGCUGAAGUUCGUGAUGGACGGAGGAUUCCUGGAGCGGCCGGAUAACUGUCCUGACAGACUUCACAGCCUGAUGCAGAUGUGUUGGCACUACAACCCGAAGCUGCGUCCCACGUUCCAGGAGAUCAUCGAGAGUCUGAGAGACGACCUUCACCCGUCCUUCACCGAGCUCUCGUUCUUCUACAGCGAGGAUAACCGGAUGCGAGCGCGCGACUCCGACGACUUCGACAUGGACGUGGAGAACAUGGAGAGCAUCCCUCUGUCGUCCUACUCGCCCGGGGACGAGGGGGACGAGGGUGCCUACGAAGGACUCAUCCCCUACACACACAUGAAUGGGGGAAAGAAAAACGGAUGCGUUCCCUCGCUCCCUCGGUCCAGCCCCUCUUAAUGCAUCGUCAGCAUCCUGAAGCCACACCCCCCAAAAAAAAGUUACAAGCUAGCAUAGAUUUAUUUUUCUUCUUCGCUGGUUUUUAUAAAACCACUUUUUUUAUAUCACUUCCUGUUUUUCCAUUGGACCCGCCCACCUGGACUUUAGGCUGUGUCCCAAAUGCUUGCUAAACUAGAAGUUAGCAAGUGAGCUAGCGUCCGACAUAAACCAGCAUUUAUCCAAAGAGGACGGAGAGAUGCUAAAUGUAUAGCUUUUAGUUUUCUACAUAACUUUUUUUUUUUUAAUUGGGUGUGUCUGGGAUAGAAGGGGCGGGGCUUAUCACAAACUUAUGGUAAUAUAUAUAUAUAUAUUAACUUUUUCAGCUUGAUGUAUGUAAUGCAUAAAAUAACGGUUAUAUAUUUGCGCUAAGCUAGCUAGCCACACCAGCCAUAUCCAGCUAAGUUGCUAACGUUACUCGACCAGCAGUAGAGACCUGCUGUUAAGUUGCUAGCCUAGCUUAGCCGCACGAUAGACUGCCAUGUUGAUCAGGUUUGUGAUUAAGGUGCACCUUAAGCUCCGCCCCCGGGACUCCUUAGCCAAACCAGCAAGUAGCAACACUCUGUCUCGGAAAAUGUAGCUAAUUAUGUACUUUAUCACUAACUCGUUAAGGCGCAGUGAAUUAUGGGUAACACCCACACAAAAACCGGCUGUUCUAGGCGUUUGGGGUGGAGCCUGAAAGCGACAGUGGUGGAGUGGGGCGGGGUCGUGAUGUUCCUGCAUCUGUGCGCUACACGUGCGACGCUGCUCCCUCACUUAUCACUUUAUAUUUGGCCAAGAGGAUGAGGGAGGCCACGCCCCUAAACACACACUAACUGUGAACAAACUGAGGACCUCAACCAAUCAGGGGGCGCGGGGAGGGGCAGUUAAAGUGGCCUUAUUGUGUGUAUGUCCAACACACUUCCUGCCUACAGUAACAUCCAUUUGUCUGUCAGUUCAUCUACAUUUACGUUCAAAAGUUUGCAUCCCCUUUGAAUGGAGAACAUCACCAGCAGGACACUCAGUUCUUCAUUGUGAUUUUAUAUUUAUAUACACAUAUUACUUUAUCAUUUACAUCCUCCACGUCUCUUCCCGGCUGACUCCGCCCGAUUGCUUGGGCAGUUUGUUGCUGUAGUUUUCACGAGAUGUUUCAGUUCUUUGGGAUGUGUUUGUGUUUAAUGUUUUGUUGCAGGAGAAUCUUUUAAUGGACAAAUCAUAACGUAGAGCCAGAACUUUCUCUCCUCCAGAAAACAUGGAAGAUGAAGCUAACUUUUUCAUCUCUCUCUCUCUCUCUCUCUCUCGCUCUCUGUCUCUGUCUCUCUCCAGUAUUGUUGUCCACACAGAUGAUGGAAAGAUGAGUGUGGACUGUAUUUCUUUAUUAUUUCUGUAUUGAAGCUGAAGGACAGUAAAACAAAAUUUAUCUCACACACACACACACACACACACACACACACACACACACACACGCACGCUGACCUCAGAGCCUUGUCAGCCUUGGGUAAUCAGGGGCGUGGCCUGAUGUGGCUGAGAGAAGAUUUUACUAUUCAAACAAUCGGAGCUCACGCACCUCAGACGACUAGCGCGCGCCACUGCUCAGUGUUAGCUCUGUUAGCAUUAGCACUACGUCAACUGUGACUCAGACUCCUGAUUCCAGUUUAGACUUUAUUAAUAUUUUUAAUGAGACUUGAGUACGCUUGUGGUGAUAUUUGAGUCAUUGCCAUGGUGACGAUGCUCUGAGGUCUCAAGUUCAAAGGAAUUUCAGCCAGGUUAUAAUAUACAGAAUGUUAAGCUCUAGUGUGUGUGUGUGAGAGAGGACAGACUGAUCUGACCAGUAGGUGCUGCUUUGAUAAAUAUUUUAUUGGGUUUUGGAUGAGAUGCAGCUUUUAUGCAUCUCUUACCUUUAUUAUUAUUAUUAUUAUUAUUGUUGUUGUUAUAAUUAUUAUUAUUGUUUUUUUUUUCUUUUCUAACCGAGGAGUCGUACUAAUCCUGCUCUUGUCCACGUGUUGUAGACACCUGAGCCGCCGGGUGUUAAUACUUUCUGCUGUUAAUAAAAGCAGUGAGGUGCAUCUGAGGA